UGAUAGUAGUACAUUUUGUAAUCUACAAGAGCAAAACAUUAAUUGUCAAAGAUGAUUUCCAAAGUAGUACUUUCCGCUUUCGUUGCUUUGCUUGUCGCUCAGGUGGCCUUAGCAGAUCCUGAACUCUGCCCUGAACCAUCAGAAGCGAAACAACUCGUCUACAAGCAAAACGUUCAUGAGGAUGCUCCUUUAUUUGGAAGGACCGAAAAGGAUUAUGUUAUUCCACCCCUCGAGAAAACUGUUAGUUGUAUAAUCCUAUCUGGAUCUGCUACUGGUUCUAUCGCCUCCGUUGGAUUUUCAGAUGAAGGUAUAAAAGUUAGAUUGGUUUCCGAAAUCAAAAAAGGUUUUGACGCUGUGAUUGAAGUCUACACCAAAGAAGAGUAAACUAUAUAUUUUGUAUUAUUAUUUUUAUAUAAAUAAUAAUUUUUAUUUCUUUGUUUAA